GUCAAAAAAAAUCUAUUACAAUGCAUUUAAGUGUGUUAAUCAUUUUGAUUUGUUUAAAUCCACUUCAUGGAAUACUAGACCUUUUAAAAGGACAUCGAUCUAAAAUACGACCAAAAACCACUACAGUAUUACGCCUACGCCCAACUCCGAAAAGUUCAACUACAAUUGGAAAACUGCACGAUAUCCAAGGAUAUGGAUUUAAUAGUCUUCCAAAAACUACCAAAAUCAUUACAACUCUACGUACUACAACUAAAAAACCGGCUAAGAAAACUACAAUUAAACCAAAAACGAAACUAGUUGAAAUAACAAAACCAAUUGAAUUCACAACUGUAAUGACUUUAAAGCAACCUACAUAUGCUAUCACGAAAGAACCGACGAACUUAAUUACAACGACAAAAAAAAUAAGUCAUACGGGCGAUCAUUUGUCUGAAGAUGAAAUUCUCUCUGAUAUUGCUGAUAUUGACGAUGAGGAUGAAAUGCCUGCAUUUAAGAUGGAUGAGAUGGCACGUGGACAAUUUUCUCCAACAGAAUGUUUCGAUAUGGACAAGAAACAGUUUUGCUUUAUGCCGUGUCCAAGUCUUGUAAAAUUUUCAACGAAACAAUGUGAUAUCUGUCAAUGCAGAAAACCAACAUUAAGACAAUGCGAUUUAGAAGCAUGCCAAUAAUACGCAAUAAGGAAAGGAUCAAUG